AUCUAUUAAUUUUAAUGGUAAAUAAAAUGGCUAUAUAUAAAAGCAAAUUUUAUUUAAAAAGUUUUUUUUUUGUUAAAAACAAUUGCUACUGAACAAAAAGAAUUUGCACGGGCAAAUAAUGUUAAAUACCCACACAGCCAAACCGAUGAUGCGUAUGUUUAUUUAUUCAAUAUGUAUUGCAAAGUAUAUGGUUUUAAAUUGCACAAGUAAAUAGACAAAGACAUUUUUGCCGAUUGACUUAAGUCAAUAAUUAUCCAUCUGACAAAAUACUUUUACAGAAUUGAUAGUCAUGUACAUGUAAAUUAAUUGUUGUUUUCUUUUAUAGGACGGAACGAUAAACUACAGUGAUGAGCGAACGAACAGGACCAGGAGUGUUAUACGUAUGCCGCAACAUGAGAGUACAAGGGUUUCUCUCUUAGCUGAGGAGCUUUCACCAGCCAGAUGUGAAUAUGAUAUGGAGACAGUCGUUGAUACAACCGCUUUUGAUGUAACACGGCCGAAUCGUGAGAUGUCCGACGACAAUAAUGGAUUAACAAUUGUGGACGAAACAGUACAAGAUGUACCAGAAGAUGCACCUGUCACUUACCAAAUAGUCGUUGGGGGUUCUACACGCGGCAACAUGAAACUGGUUUCAUCUGAUGGAUACACAUUCGUGAAGAAGCGGACUCUUGUGAACGGAACAGCUGACUGGCGAUGCAGCGUACGCGGUAGGAAAAGUGGGUGUCCAGCAGUUGUUAAACAGACAGGUUCGGACUAUCGUGUCGCGGGAAGUGCUCAUACACAUGAAUCAAAACCAGGAAUAUUGACAGCCGUUAAAGUUAAAACGGAAGUGAAGGCUGUUGCCAAACAACAGCUAUUCGAAUCGGCCAAUGUUCUGGUUAGGGAAGUAACCAACAAACUUCAAGAUGCAGAAGAGCCGGAAUCGUCCAGACCCAGUCAUGAUGCUCUUCUCAAGAUGUGUAACCGGACCAGACAGGGAUUACGUCCAAAGGAACCAGAGGAAGGAAUUGAUUUCCAGGCAAGUUGA